AAUCCGUCAAACAAUGUUUGUCCUGGUUGCAAUGGCGCUUCUUGGUACAGCCCUCUCUGCUGUUUUAAACCCUUCCUUAACCACAUGGAGACUUCUGACGCAGAACGAGGAGAGGGUCAUGUUUCCUCUAAGAGACUACACCCUGGAAGUCAAAGCAUUCCUUCCUGAUGAGUACGAUACAAACCCAUCGUAUGGCGAACUUUUCAGAACGGAUAAGGCCACUACUAUGAUGAUGUUACUGCACGCUGGACACUGGAGCAAGAAAGUCGGCCGUGUGGUGUGGAAUACCAUCAAAUACGACGAGGGACGGGAUAUUGCUAUUGAAGAGUGCGACGCCAGAUACGAGGCCUACGGGAGCUUUCCCGCCGGAGGAAAGAAGGAGCAGAUCUGGGCAUGGACAUUUUUCGAGGAUCACCUUGAACUGACAUGUAACGGAGAACUUCAGUACGAGCAAAACUUUAACCAUGGUGAUGUUAAUCGUAGAAAACCUGGCUUGCCACGAAAGUGUCGAGCACUUGGAGAUGCAGAUUUGGACCGGAUAACAUUCAGACAUAUGGAGGGUUGCUAUAUCCGUGGGAGACCCAAAAUUGACAAAGAAACGAGAUUUACGGCAUCUGCAACCCACUCUGAAUCACAAACACCUUACUAUUAAACACAAUAUGGUAUCUAAGAUCUGCAUUCUGCAGAAGAGAAAGAAAUUAUGUUUCCAAGUGACCCAAAACACUGCACGUGUCUUUCUAAUUUACAAAUGGGAAUAUUAAUCUAAUAUUAUCAUAAUAUUAAUAAUGAAAAACAUAUCAGAUCGAAUAUGUUACCUUAAUUUAAAUUUUGUUUUUUGUUAUGUUUUCCUAGUUGCUAUUAAUAGGAAGAAGAUUGUCCGAUCUUUUUUUGUGGAAAAAAUACCCUACAUUUACAAUUACUAAUACCCUGAAUCAUGUCAAGAUAUUUUGAA